CACAUAAGAGAUAAGAGAAGAAAACAUAACACAUUUUGGGUGGUGAGUUUUCAAAACAACAAUGGCAUCAUCAACAUUAUCUUCUCUCUCCUCAACCUCGUUGCAACAUAGUUUCGCCGCAAACUUGAAAACUUCUUCUCAAUUUCCCAACAAAACUUCGGGUUUUAUGGUUUUCGCUCAAAAGAAAACGAAGAAAACUCGAAAGAUAAUCCUGAAGGAAGAUAUUGUUGAUGUUGGAAAGAAAGGGCAGCUUCUUGAUGUUAGGGCUGGGUUUUUCAGAAAUUUCCUCUUUCCAAGUGGCAAGGCUCAGCUUGUAACUCCUGAUACACUCAAGGAAAUGAAGAUAGAAGAAGAGAGAAUUGAGGCUGAGAAACAACGGGUAAAAGAAGAGGCACAGCAACUUGCUCUAAUUUUUGAAACUGUUGGGACUUUUAAGGUGAAACGUAAAGGUGGUAAAGGAAAACAAAUCUUUGGAAGUGUUACGGCUCAAGAUCUUGUGGACAUAAUAAAGGCACAACUUCAAAGGGAGGUGGACAAGAGAAUUGUUAACCUUCCAGAGAUUAGGGAAACAGGAGAAUAUAUUGCAGAGUUAAAACUUCACCCAGAUGUUACAGCUAAAGUGAAGGUGAAUGUUAUAGCUAACUAAGCAGGCAGCACUGAAAUGUUCUGAAGUUCCGUUUGCUAAAUGCACAAUUGGGAAUCACCAACUUGCAUAACAACCAUGUUAUGAACUAUGAUGAGAAAUGUUCAGACUUAAUUCAAGCUCAAAGUAGUAGUCUUGUGACUUUGGCCGAAGGCUCGGACGAGUAGGAUGUGGAGAUUGUUUCUUAUUUUUAACAUUUUGUUUUUUUGUAUCUCCUUGAAUGUGUAUUCAAUUUUCAGGACAAUGUAUGUAAUGCUUAUUUAUGAUGGUAAAAGAGUUUUUUAUGGAA